AAACGACGUCGCAGGCAUCACCGUCACUCUUACGAUUCUGAUUCUUAUUCAUCAUCCUCCCUCUCUGACCACUCCAGAAGUGAGAGUUCUUCUGAUAGCGAGCAAGAAACAUCUCAUCGUUCAAAGAGGCACAAAAAAAGAAGUGAGAGUUCUUCUGAUAGCGAGCAAGAAACAUCUCAUCGUUCAAAGAGGCACAAAAAAAGAAGUGAGAGUUCUUCUGAUAGCGAGCAAGAAACAUCUCAUCGUUCAAAGAGGCACAAAAAAAGCGAUAGACCGAAGAAGAAUAAGGAAAAGGAGCGAAGUAGAAGCCAUCGCCAUAAGCGGAAGAAGCAUAAUCUAAAAGAGAAGCAGAACGAUGAGAGGAGCAGCAGCCCUGUGCAGCUUUCCAAGUUUUUAGGGCGCGACAAAGAUGACGGUGUUCGCCGUAGUGCUGUAUCUGGCAAGAAGAUUCUUCUCAAACUUGAUAAAACAAAGGAAGAUAAGGUGGCUGAGAGCAAGAGAAAUGAACUGCUUAACUUUUUAAAUGCUAGUUUUGAUUAGCAUUGAGAAGGUAUGGAUUUGUUAGUGUACAACUAAGUAUGCAGAGAGCCAAGUUUACGUUCUUAGGUGCUUAAUUAUUUUGCUAUUGUGAGAAGCAAUCUAGGGGGGGUGGAUGAUUGUACGUACAUCUGAGACACUGAGAUUGAGUUUGUUCAACAUGUAUUUUUAUGAUCAGUCGAUUCCCGUUUGUGGAUUGGUGGUGGCCUUUUGUAGGAUGACAAGAUUUUGACCGGCCAUAUUCGAUACUUGAUAUUUUGGGAUAAGCCAAUCAUUGUGUUAUGUGCCAAACAUAUUUUUAUAGUUUUACCCUCUAUUGUUAUUUUGGGUUCAUAUGUGAUUGAAUUAUCAAAUUUGAAUUGAACUACAUAGGCAUAAGGAUUUUAGGUUUCAA